AUGUCACAAAUUAAUUUAAAUAUAUAAAGUCCUCCUAAUCCUAGAAUUUAUUCUAAUUAUAUCAGCAGUAAAUGUGAGUCAGCUUCAAGAUUUUCAGAAAUCUCUGAUGAUAGUCAUAAAAAAAUGAUUGAAUGCAAUUAAAAUAAAACUGACCCUAAAUUAUCAUAUGAAAGCAAUACAUUUAAAAAUUUUAAAUCUGAAAGUCAUUGGACUAAAUCAAAUAUUUUAAAGGCUCUAAAAGCUGAUAGAAUUAAAUAACGAUUUGUUAAUAAUAUUUUUACAAAUUCAUAUGUUUUAAGAUAGAGUAAAAAAUAACUUGUUCAUGAUAAAUAUAUUUCAAAAAGAAUCAAAUAGCCAAUUUUAGGUAUUUUAAAUCAUUAUUAUUUUUAGAAUUAUAUUCUCAUUCACAAAUACCAGUUAUUUAACCAACCAGUGGAUUUGUAAUAUUAUGGGAUAUCUUUGGUACUAUUAUCAAUUUGAUGAUUCUAUGGUUAACUCCAUUUCUAUUAACUUUUUAAUAAUAAUCAGAUUAAAUCUCUUUUUCUACUAUUUAAUUAUUGAUUAUUGUAUUUUUAAUUACUGAUAUUUUUGUAACCUUAAAUAAAGGAAUCAUAAUCUAAGGGAUUUUAAUUUAAAAGAGAAAAAAAUUGAUAUCAAAUUAUCUAUAAACUUAAGCUGCAAAUGACUCUAUAAAUUUAAUUCUUUAGAUUAUAAUUUAUUAUGAUAUGAUCUCCUAUCCUAUCUUGGGUGAAUGCCUUACUUUUUUUUAGAUGAUUUUUGCUUAUAAGAAAAUUCGCAGAUAUUUAGCUGAUUAUUUUUUAUUUGCUUUUUUUAAAGGAACAUCAAGUUUCUUAAUAGAUUUAUUACGUUUGAUUUUUUCAAUCUAUUUUUUUGCACAUAUUGUUGCUUGCUUUUGGCUUUAUAUAGGAAUAAAAUCAGAAGAUACAUCAUGGCUUAUCAAAUAUUAAUUAAUAAAUGAAUCUAUUUGGAAAUAAUAUAAUUAUUCCUUCUAUUGGGCUACUAUGACUAUGACAACAGUUGGAUAUGGUGACAUAACUGCUCAGAGUUAAUUAGAAAUUAUUUAUGUUGAUAUAAUUAUGUUUUUAUCAAGUGGAGUUUUUGCCUAUUCUAUGAAUGCUAUUGGAAUGAUUUUGAAAAACCUUUAAGAUUCUUAAACCAAAUAUAAAAGAUCUUUAUUAUAAAUAAAUACCUACAUGUGUAAGAAUCAAGUGGAUCCUUAAAUUUAGAGUAGAAUUAGAAAUUACCUCAAAUAUUAUAUUGAAUAAGAACAAAAUGAAAAUUAAGAAGAUGUUAAUAAUUUAAUCUCUUUACUACCUUAGAACCUACAACAAGAUUUAAAUACUGAUAUCUAAAUGAAAGUGAUAAAUAAAGAUAAAUGUCUUAUUAGUCAUUUUUCUAAAAGAACUUAAUAAUUAUUAUCACAAAAAUUAUAAUCAAUAAAAUUCACCCCUGGUGACAUUAUAUUUAAAAAAGGUGAAAAUUAUAAUAACAAUCUUUACUUUAUUAAGGAGGGAGAAGUUGAUAUAAUUGAUGAAUAAAGUAAGAUGAAAUUUACUAGAUAAAACCUAAAUUAACCUUUUGGAAUAUAUUAAUUUUUUACUAAUUUUCCUCCAAAAACUUCAGCUCUAAGUGUUGGUUUUACAAACAUUUAUAAAAUAAGCAGGUAAGAUUUUCUAGAUAUACUUUAAUUUGACAGAAAAGAUUUUGAAAAAUUUCACUAUAUAAAGGAUUAAAUAAUUUUUAAUUAAAAUUAUAGGAUAUUUGAUUUGAAAUGUCAAUAUUGUGAUAGAUAUAAUCAUUAAGAAAUAGAUUGUCCAAUACUAACUUAUAAACCAGAUUUAGAAUAAAGAUUCUUGAAAAGGAAACAAUAAAUAAAUUAAUCAAAUAGAUUGAAUAGGAUUUAAAUAUUGAGAGAUGGAAAUAAAAUAAAGAGUCUGUUAUAUUAAAAAACUAUUUAAUAAUAGGUUAAUGAUUAUUUAGAAGGAAAUUAUGGUUUUGAUGAAUCUAAUACCUUAUAAGUAGCCAUAGAAACAGAAAAAUAAAGAAGUACCAGUUUAUUCUGCUCUGAACUAAAGCUUGAACAUAAGAAAACUUCAGGGGUAGUAUUAGAUGAUGGAGAUUAUGAAUAAGCAAGAUAACUAUUAGGAGAAAGUCCUUAAAAAAAGAUGAUAGUUAUAGUUGAUUAAUUAGAAUAAGAUAUGCCAGUUUUAAAGCUAGAGAAAAAAAUAUCGAAUAAAUCUUUAAGGAUGAUAGAUGAAAUUGCAAACAAAUGGUUUCACAUUACAUUUUAAUGUGAUUAAUGUUAGUCUUAUGAAAAUUACUUUCCAUCAGGAAAUAUAUUAUCUAUUAUUUAACAAAUAGAAAAGAAAAAUCAUAAAUAAGUUUAAAAAUAUUUCUAGAGUAACAACAAAUAUACAUUUUAUUAUGGAGUAAAAUUAAAAGCACUAAAACUAAGACUUUUUUAUACAAAAACUCUAAAUAAUGAAUGA